CCUGGGCUUUGAUUCCAGUUUCGUUCUUUCAACUCUUAGAUCUCAAGUUCCACGCCUCCCAAUUCACAAUGCCGCGAGAAGCAGAACCUUCUCUCAAUGAGAAGCAAUUCGUCACGCAGGCGCUCCAAGAAAAUCUCCGACUCGACGGCCGCCAAUUAGACCAAUACCGACCCCUCGAGAUCAGCUUCGGGGACCAAUAUGGCGUCGCCGACGUCACACUGGGCAAGACGAGAGUCCUCGCCAAAGCCACCGCCGAGGUAACCGUGCCCUACGUCGACCGCCCGCUCGACGGCAUCUUCACCAUCGCAACCGAGCUCAGCCCGAUGACCUCGCCCGCCUUCGAAGUCAACCGGCCCACAGAAACCGAAGUCCUCCUCUCCCGCCUCCUCGAAAAAACCGUCCGCCGCUCCGGCGCCCUCGACACGGAGUCCCUCUGCCUGGUGGCGGGCCAAAAAUGCUGGUCGGUGCGGGUAGACGUGCACGUGGUGUCGCACGACGGGGGGCUGACGGACGCGGCGUGCGUGGCGGUGGUGGGCGCGCUGCGGCACUUCCGCAAGCCCGACACGAGCAUGGAGGCCGGGCGGCUGACUGUUUAUACCCCCGCCGAGCGCGAGCCCGUGCCGCUCAGCUGGCUGCACUCGCCGCUGUGCGUGACGUGGAGCUUUUUUGGGGAUGACGGCGAGACGGCCGUGCUGGAUGCGACCUGGCUGGAGGAGCAGGUGCGUGUCGCGAGCUGUACGGUGAGCUUGAAUAAGCAUGGGGAGAUCUGCCAGAUUGCGAAGCUAGGUGGGACGCCGGUUGAUGCGGUUGCGUUGCUGCAGUGUACGAGCGUCGCGCUGGUCAAGGUGAAGGAGUUUUCGGAUUUGUUGGAUAGGAGGUUGGCGGAGGAUCUGAAGAGGAGGGACAAGGGGGGGUUCAUGGCGGAAUUGAGGGCGGAGAAUGAUAGGUGAGGGGUGGGAGGCUAUGGGGCGGUAGGAUGAAGAUCAAGGCCAACGAGAUACCCUUUGCCACUUGAGUCGGUAGAGUGGCAUCAGGUGGUCCGUCCACUGGGAUGGAAGCGACUUUCGGACUCGAGCCCGGCGAGCGAUAACCGAAUGGGCCAUUGCCUG